AUGACUGUAACUUUGAUCUCCACGCCACCGGCGGUCGUAACGCCCGAACAGACAAUUCAAUUACAAGAUUCUGGACUCAUGCCAGAAAUUGCUCAUCAUGUUCAACCAAAUGUUCGCAUAUUAAUCACUCCCCCUAUGUUUGACGCUAUGCUUGGGAAAGGAACUUUAUAUGUAACCGAAAGGCAACCAUUAGAUGGCACAGGGCCAUGUAUCUAUACACAGUUGGAUAUUGAACCCAAUAGUUUAAGGAGUGCUAAUCAAAUUGAUGCAAUUUUUGAAGCUUUAUCUGAGUGCGCCGCAUUGCAUCCUGACAAAGAAUAUAUGGAAGAGGAUCCAGAUAGUGAAUUUUAUGGCAAUGGAGAUAAUGACGAAUGGAUCACUGCCGCACCAAGUGACGAACAAGAACUAAGUGAAGCAUCACUAGCGUAUUUGGAUUCUAUUAUUGAUCAACCAAAUCUGACAGAACAACAAAGAACAUCCCCAGACACUAAUGAACACGAUAAGGAGAUGUUUGAGGAUGCAGAAGAAUAA